GUCAAACGUCAAAGAAAACCUAUUUUGCUUUGCGACGACACGAACAUUUUUUGGCCCAAAAAUGUCUAUUGCAAAGAUAUUCGCACUAGAUAAACUUGCCAAUUUCUUUAACAUCAUACGCCAGAAUGGAGGGAUCAGGGGCUCCCUGUGGAAAUUAUACCGUCAGGAUGAACUGAAGGACGGUACCUUAAUCGGCGAAGACAGGUACGGAAACAAGUACUAUGAGAACCCCCGCUACUUCUACUCCCGUAACCGAUGGGUGGAGUACUCUCCCAAUUUCCACAUGAACUAUGAUGCCAGUCAGGUUCCCGCUGAAUGGUUCGGUUGGUUGCACUACAAGACCGAUCUUCCCCCGCACCAGGAUCCCAGCCGCCCUAAAUAUGACUGGAUGAUCUAUGGAAAUGAAAACCUCUCCGGCACCAAGGGUCAAUAUGUACCCUACAGCACUACCAGGCCCAAGAUCGAACCCUGGGUCCCCAAGUCUAAGGAAUAAACUAGCUGCUUACUCAGUAGGCUAUGUCACCACAGUCUUGACACUGACAAUAGGCUAGCUUCGUACUGAUAUUAUCUUGUAUUGUUACCGCGAUAGUUACUCAUGAAAUACACAUACAACAAUCACGCCUGUAUCCCAUAAAGGGGUAGGCAGAGCACAUGAAACUACUCAGGUUUCAGUGCCACUCUUGGCAAAAAGGGGUUGAAAGA